AUGUCCCACGGGACAUACUAUGAGUGUGAGCCCCGGGGUAGCCAGCAACCACUCGAGUUCUCAGGGACCCGAGCAGGGCCUGGGGACCUGGGGGACAUGUGUGAGCAUGAGGCCUCCAUCGACCUCUCUGCCUACAUUGAGUCUGGGGAGGAACAGCUCCUCUCCGACCUCUUUGCCGUGAAGCCAGCAUCCGAGGCCCGAGGCCUCAAGGGCCCUGGAACCCCUGCCUUCCCCCACUACCUGCCGCCUGACCCACGGCCUUUCACCUAUCCUACACACACCUUCGGCCCAGACAGGAAAGCCUUGGGGCCUGGCAUCUACAGCAGCCCGGGGAGCUACGACCCAAGGGCUGUGGCUGUGAAAGAGGAGCCUCGGGGGCCAGAGGGCAACCGGGGUGCCAGCCGCAGCAGCUACAACCCCUUGCAAUACCAAGUGGCACACUGUGGACAGACGGCCAUGCACCUGCCCCCAGCCCUGGCGGCACCCAACCAGCCCUUGCGAGUCCUCAAGGCUCCUCUGGCCGCUGGUGCACAACCUUGCAGCCCCCUCCUCAAGGCACCUUCUCCUGCCGGCCCCUCACACAAGGGCAAGAAAGCUGUGAACAAAGACAGCCUGGAGUACCGUCUGCGGAGGGAGCGCAAUAACAUUGCUGUGCGCAAAAGCCGGGACAAGGCCAAGAGGCGGAUCCUGGAGACACAGCAGAAGGUGCUAGAGUACAUGGCCGAGAAUGAGAGCCUCCGCAGGCGCGUGGAGCAGCUCACCCAGGAGCUGGACACCCUUCGCAACCUCUUCCGCCAGAUCCCUGAGGCCGCCAACCUCAUCAAGGGUGUGGGGGACUGCCCCUGA